AUGUGGAAAGCGGGCGCUUUGAUUGUAGCGAUCGUGUGCGCUAGCGUAACACCUGGCCUCGCGCGCCGUUCUCCAAAUGCAGACCUCGUAGAAGAGUACUUCUCGAAAGACCCUGAGUUUGGACGAUACUCUAACAAUCUUCUGGAGGAUGCUUUGCUUGAUGUGCCUGGUUUAAUAGAAAAAUAUGGGUAUCCAGUAGAAAUACACAAUGUAAUUACGGAAGAUGGUUAUGUUCUCGAACUUCACCGAAUUCCUCAUGGCCGUGACCAGUACAAUGUACGUGACCCAAACAAACCGAUAGUCUUAGUUCAGCACGGGCUCUGUUCAUCCUCCGCUGAUUUUGUUGUUAUGGGACCAGGGGCCGCAUUAGCUUAUAUAUUUGCUGAGGCUGGAUUCGAUGUAUGGCUGGGAAAUGCACGUGGAAACUAUUAUUCUAGAAGGCAUUUGACUUUGGAUCCAGAUGGUAGAUCACUUUUGGGGAGAAAUAAUUUCUGGGCUUUCAGUUGGGAAGAGAUUGGAAGCAAAGACUUGCCCGCAAUGAUUGAUCACAUUUUAGAGACAACAGGAAAACCACGUUUACAUUACAUAGGGCAUUCUCAAGGAACCACAGCAUUUUUUGUAAUGGGAUCACUGCGCCCAGAAUACAAUGAUAAAAUAAUCUCUAUGCAAGCCUAUGCUCCAGUCGCUUACAUGCAGCACAAUGAGAAUCGGAUAUUUGGAGCUCUUGCACCUUACUCAAACAGCAUUGAGACUUUUGCCAGUUUAUUGGGAUUCAACGAGAUAGUAGCAAGAAGGCCAUUUUAUGCUUGGGUGGGACGGAAGUUCUGUUCCGACGAAUCUAUUUCCCAGAUUCUUUGUUCUCAUUUUCUAUUUUUGGUUGGUGGAAGAAAUGAAGAUUUACAUAAUGCGACAAUGCUUCCUCUUAAGUUAGCACACACACCUGCUGGUAUUUCAAUCCGACAAAUUGCACACUACGGUCAGCUUAUCCACAAGGACUACUUUAGGCGGUACGACCAUGGCCGCGCAUCGAAUCUACUUACGUAUGGACAAACUAGGCCUCCUCUUUUAGAUUUGUCACUAGUUACAGCACCAGUGUAUCUGCAUUAUGCCGAAGUAGAUCCAUUUGCAGCGUUGCCUGACGUUGAAAGACUUUGGAGCGAACUGGGACGGCCCGCGCAAAAAAUUUUAGUCCCACAUAAAUUCUUUACUCAUCUUGAUUUCAUGUGGGGAACUGAAGCUAAAAAUUUAUUAUAUGACAAAACAAUUGAUAUACUGAAAUCUACAGGAGAUUUGUAA